CUUUUUAUUAGGUGAAGCUCCUGGACGUCAUUAUGUAAUUUGCGAACUAGUCAAUUCUCCAGCCGACGGUACCAGUCUCGUUACACUAUCAAUUUCAAUCGAGUGUAUUACCGCGCAACCGGCAUACGCUGCGGGUUGCCGAGGACGAAUGUAUCGGCGCAAAGCAAAUCCACUCGCACUGCAUCACUGAUAAGUAAAGAAAACUUCCUUGUGAGGAAGUUUUACUUUGGUUUAUCGACAAUUCAGAGCUGCGGCAGAACGGAGUGUAUUUUACAUGCACACCCAGCAGUGCACGUUAACUUGAGAGGAUAUAGGCUGCAAACCGUACCUCCACUUUCUCUGCAAGUUGCAAGCGUCGACUCUCUCAGGCCGCAAUCUAUCUGAUCAGUGACAGCCCAAGUGGGGAAAUUUUUUGACCAGGCAUGGCAACGGCUGAAUGUUCGACUCUCACUGCCCCAUCAGUGUCUGCGGAUCCCGUUGUGGAGAUGGAGACGGGCAGUUCAAAGGUCGUGGUAGAGGAAACCACGGUCAUUGAGGAAGAGGAGGAAGAAGAUAAGCCCCGCAUCACGAGGCCUCGAGGCAGCUCCCGCGUCCACUUCCCGGAGGACGUCCACGACCCAGAGAUCCAUGUCUCGCGGGAGGCUGACGCCAUGAUUGACGUCAACCUGGGCUUCCUGCAGUGCAGCCACCGCUACCGGGUGUGCUUCACGGUGGGCGACUCCAUCAAGGGAGACGUGGACAUACCGCUGCAGGACAAAAGCACCGGGGUAGUGGCAGCCGAAGCCUUCCCGACACAGAACGGUGAGGGCCAUGAUAUCACUAUUCAACUUGUCAACCACAGAGACGGUGUCGUAUCGGAACAGUUUGAGCUGGUCAGCCGAACAGAACCCAGCAACGUUGUCAAAGUUAUACUCCACUGUCGGUUCAUAAAUCCAGGUAAGGACCAGGGCACUCCGCAAGUCAAAGAGGGCAUCCAGACGAUGUGCAUUGAGCCGGAUCCGUCGGCAGAGGAAUCAGAAGGCAGCGAUUGGACACCGUAUGAAUGAUGUCACCGACCCCCCCCCUAACUAAACGUGACCUUUGCUGCCUCUUUCAAGAACCUUUUUUUACAGUUAAAAAAGAAAGAAAGAAUUCAUAAGGCAUCUGUUUGCUCUUCAGUUGCAUGUUGGUAUUCUGUAAGGCAAAGGACUGACUGUUGGCACUGUGAAGUAGUAGAUUUGAUCUGAUUUUGUCGGAACGUAGUUAAAAAAUGCAUAGACCUAAGGAGUAAUUUGGUAUGAAAAUUGUUUAUGGAGACUUUCAGUCAAGUAGUUGCUAUAGAUACUAGUGGCCAUUUUAUUUUAGAACUGUUAGGAUGCACAUUCACAGAGGUCAGAUGAGUUUGAUUCAUUCAAGAGUGUUCCACAAGAGAUUUUGGAAUUGGCACUCCCAACGCCGUGACCAGUUCUCAGCUUGUUGGCUGACAAUUGCAAACCUCAGAAGGACCCAAAUCCAUCAAAAAGAGACUGUUUCCCUCCAGGUAAAGAUAAAGAAGUCUUAAUUGUUAAAGACUUGGAAUAGUUUCUCUUCUCCAUUGUUUUUCACAAUGCAUGUAGCAUGCUGGACAAAAUUGAUGUCGACCAAGGUGGCAUGGAGUGGUUCCUCCCGCAGCUCUGGCAUUUAGUUGUUCUCCUGUGGUGUUUUUUUGUGUGUGGUAAAGUCCUUGGAAAGCCAACAUUAUUUCAGAUGGCACAAAACAUCAAUCCCAUUUAAUAUUUUCAGCUCGAUGACUAAAGGUGUAAACAAGAGCAGGUUGCCAUAUUCAUUUAGAUUUUUUUAGGAAUUUUUAGAACUUUGAGGAAAACUGAAAUUGAAUUUGCAGACAUAUCGAUUGAAAACUCAAAAAAUAAAUUAAGUUUGUAUUCUUUUUUUUAUUUAGCUGAUCGAUCUCUUGAAAAGCAUUAAUGCCGCACCAUUCGGUCUGACCUUGUGUCAGGUUACACCAGUGAAGAGUGAGUUUGUAUGGUUUGCGGAAGCCAAUUUUCUUCUAUUUCCCCUUGCCUCUCCUGCAAGUGGGACCGAGUGUUUGCAGUAAGGGUAACUUGAGACAUCUUCACUGCACCCAGAGAGAAGGAACAGGUGAAAUGGAAGACAGCAUUGAAUACAUUAUAAGAAUGAAGCAGACAAUUAGAGUCAUAGUCAAUUUUAUUAAUUUAUUAAUUUAUUUUUUUACAUUUGUGUCUUUACUCUUGACAGGUUGUAAUUAUACAACAAACAUACAAUGAGACACAAACUCAAUUUCAAAUCAUCCACAGCGAGUUGUAGUUCUCGAGGUUUUUAAUGUUUCUCACUCAUGAUAUCCCUGAAGAAAGUUGGAAUCUUCCAAGACUUCAGCAGACUUCUCUGCUGCCGUAAGUUUUUUUUUGGGGGGGGUGGUUACAGUCACCUAGAGCUGUUUGAAUUUCUGUAAUUACCCAUGCUGGAGGUAAUGAUUUGAGCACAGCAGAUCAGUCUUUUCCCCGUCUUUCUUCCGCUCUGUGUUGCAUGUUCUAUGCGUAGAUUUUUUUUAUUUCCCGUUCAAGCCUGCAUAUGGCACCUGCAGCGGUCCGCCUGCUGACAGUUGUGAGAAUGUUAAAAUGUCAUUGUACAUGUACAUGUAUGAGUCGACAUGAGCCAGGAGUCACCAGACAGAGUCCCCAUUGAAUUGCAGGCCCUUGAUCAAAUUUUGCACCGUGGAAAUCAAUUGGAACCAUCAACAUCUCCGCCCACGCUGCUGUCAAUACUCAUCGGGAUGUCGAAUCGUGUGGCAGAAAUGGCCGUCUCUAGUGCAUGCAAAAACCCGAGAGUAAGAAAAGCCAAGAUUUCCUUAUUUCUUAUUUCAUCGGGCUUGGUGGCAUGUAGCCAAAUGUUUAUUAAAAUGAGAGCUUUUCGGCAUCUCAUGCAGUGAUUUUUGGAUCUCAAAGAAAAUUCCUGAAGAUGCUCUGGGGGUAGCAAGUUGAAUAAGUUGAAAUUGAAUUUUUCAUGACGUGUUAGUCUACAUGGAAUUUUUUGUUUUUUUUUAACGAUGUAUGUGUGUGGUACAUGUACGGUAUCUUGAAUUUUCAUGAGUGAAAGGUACUUCAUUUUAAAGUGCUUUUCUCCCGUACUAAGCAAGGACGCUGUGCAGAUUAUCGAGACUGGUCCAUUGUGCCCUUCUUGGAGACAGGUGUCUCUUCAGUGAACUGAGUCGAGCGAGAAAAAAUUUAUACGUUAGUUGUUUCCACUGCAUACCAUCAUUAAGGUCUGAAGAGGUAUCCAUUUACUUGUAUAGUGCUUCACAGAGGGUCUGCACAGAGACCAGCUGCAGGGCAACACGGUUGUCGGCUGUCGUCACAAUGAGCCAUUAUUUUGCUUUAGUUGUAGAGUAAUUGACCAGAGAAAGAAAACUAAUUUGUCUAUCGUAUUGUAUGAACCGGUGUCUUCAGUGUUUGUAGAAACUUUGUGCCAACUGUGUGGGCCAGAACAAAAGAUAUUUUGUUCGAAUUCUAUUGUAAAUUUAGGCUCUAAUGUAAUAUUUCUAUUGUACAGAGAAAGCAUAGAGAUAUGUAUUAUGUAGUGACUAUUUUCUGGAUGUCAGAAUGCUUCAGUUGAAAGAUAUACUUUGGGACUGUACAGAAAGGCAAGAGGUUGCUUUUUUGAAAGUUACGCUUGUUACAAGCUGUGAGGUCGACCAGAAUUUACUGCCACUGAAUUGCUCUAGCUUAGAAACGGGAAAUAAUGAACUCGGUGUUAAUGCAUUUUUUAGGAAGUUCAAGGAACUUAUCAAUGCAUUUCUUCGUUCACAUGCGUAAAUUAUAAUAUGUGACAUGCUGGAGUGGCUUGUUGCCAAAUUAAAUAAAUGUGAUAACUAGUGACCACGAGCUUUUUAUUCCUUGCCCGAAAGAGACUGGUUCCACAACUUGAUGUGGGCAGUAUGGAUCCCAACAUACAUGUGCUUUGAUAGCUUCACGAAAAUGCAUUGUUAACCAAUUAGUUGGAAGUGCAUUUGGUGAAUGGUGUCUUGCAAUUGGUUACACUUUGAUGGAUAGGGUAUCACUGGGCUGUGCACCAACAUCAACAUUCAUCAGACCUUGCCCAGACUUGUUUACUUCACAACGGUCAAAAUUUGAUCCAAGACACAGCCUGGUCAGCCAAAACAAGGGGAAAACAUGCCACACUCCUUCUCAUUAUACCGUACAUGAUUUCUGUCUCAGCACUCUGUAGACAUGUGUUGCACCAUGCAUGGCAUUUUUCCUCAAUCAAAGGCCAUGUUUGCCUCAUUCUCGGCCUCUACUCCUCCCAAUGGGGGGAUUGACAGAAUUAGCAAAUAGAAACUGAGCUGGGCCGGGCUUGAAGUGAUCCAAGAACAGUUUAUUUAGAAGAGCUACGGGAAACUGCCAAACUUGCUGGAUUAGCGGAUCUCCCAAUCAAGUUUACUUUUGCCUGUGAAAUGUCAAAUGGCUUGCACUGCCUUAUUUUGCCUGUUCACAUCUAAAACUAAAUGUGUGCGUUUUCUAAUCUGCUGAUGAAUUGUCAAGGCAUAGAAGUCCGUGUUUAGUGCAAAGAAGCCCUGGUUUGUGGAAAUCCGAGCAUUUUCCAUGGUGAUGGACAAAAUAAAGAUUGUCUACAUUCAUGUGUUGCUAGCAAAAUACAUAAGUCCUGUGUUUUUAGUUUGACUUGCUUUGCAGUGGAAACUACCUUGCAAUCAACUGUAGAGGGCGCAUGUCAAACUCGGCGUUCCUGUUUAAUAUUUUAGGUGGCCACUUAAUUCAACACAUCACUGGCGUUUUGGUUUAUUGCAUGUUGUCCUUUACCAACUUACACAAAAGAAAUGUGUCCAGGUUUUUAUGCCUCUGAAAUAACUUUUGAGAUGUCUGAUCUAUGUGUGAGAUUAUAUAAUUCUUGUAUAGCUAUAAUAAACAAUAUUUAUAGUUUUUAUGAAACUUUCAUUUGGCUUUGUGGACCUUGGAUCAAAUACUUAAGUUUGGAAGCAGUUAACAGUUUUUGAAACUUUUCAGUACCUGUUUGAUUUUAUUGUUAUGAAAGGGAUUGUAUUUUGUGUGAAUUGAUGGAAUUAUGAAUUUGGAGGAUAUUUUUCAAAUCCAUUUGGAGGAUUUAGAAGUAUUAUGCUCAUCUUUUGCUGGGUUUGAAUCAAAUAUUUGUGUGAUAUGGACUUGAAAAAUGAAGAAAUAAUGAAUUCUCUGCAGAAUUUGUCAUUUGAAAGCAACAACUUGAGGUACUCGUAUAUUUCAACAGAAAUUGAGACAUUCAUUGAGAUUUUCACUGCAAUAUGCAUAGUUUUCUUUUGGUGUAGUGACUCCACUGGCAGAUGCAUCCUAGGCUGUGUAGAUUCUCAUUACAACUCUUUAGAAUUUUGUACCUUGUAUUUCUGGUGUGUGAGACUCUUUUUGAGGGCUAAAGUUGGCUCACAUUGAGACCCAAUAGAGGGUUUGCUUGGCUGCCAUCUUGCAGGCUAGUGCUUCUGUUCCACAGGGUAUGCACAAAGGAGGUUUCCCUGUGGAACAAAAGAAGUGCCCUGCAAGACAGCUACCAUGCAAAGCUUCUGUUGCCACUGUUAAGCUGGUGCUGUUUGCCAUUCUGGUUGGGCAAAAUGUAACCAGAUGAGACGGUAAUUAGGUGUCAGUCACUGAAGCUGAUUUGUGUUAUCAUCCAGCAAUUUAAAUAGCACAAAGCACCACCACGUUGAUGUUUUUAAGGAUGGUUUAGUUGUCAUAGAUGGCCAUCGCUGGUCAAUGGAGGUAACAAUUUCUUUUCUUAUCAUGUACACAUCUCAACUUGCAAAGUGUCUCCCAAAUUUGGUGUGCUUGACCACAAACGGAAGAAUGUUUUUUCUCUAAGUGUUUAAAAACACCAUGCAGUACAAACGUGUAUGUGUGAAAAGAGCUGAAUGGUGUGUCCCCAUUCAUGAAGGAAAGUUCUCUUCAUUUGCAACUGUUUUCAUUUGCAACUUUACCAAUAUAUUCACAAUUAAUGUUUCAUCAUGGUUCGAUGAAUUACAAAGUUCUGAGCACAGUGAUGAGAGUUGAUCACUUUUUGAUAUUUACAUUUGAUUAAAACUCAAGACCUCAUAGAAAUGUAAACCAAGGAACCAGUCAAAUAUUUUUCUAAAAACAAUUCCCCACAGAUACAGGUGUAAUGGCAUCUGAAAAGCACGGAAUUCUCACAGAUUUUUUACAAGGAGACUGUAUUUUUUGUCAGGUUUGCUGCAAGCACAUGUACAUGUAAUUCCAAUGAAAUUUGAGACAGUUGGAGUUUUUAAGGGUAAAAUGAAAGUAUUUACAAAUGAUAAUUCACGAGUCAACAAUCAUACAUUCAUCAUUUAUCAUUUGUGGUACAAACAUGCCCAGUCUUCAUAAAUGGGGUGACCACAUGCUGGGUGGAAUGGUUAAAAUACGCAUAUCGAUUACUAGCUCUGUAUUGUAUUUUUUGGUUUGUGGUCUUGGUGUGAGGCUGUCUGAAGCUCUUAGGUUUGCUGUUCCUUAUCACUUCAGAGAUCCUUUGUGCACAAGCCGUAAAUGUACUGUUGUAAGGCAUAUUUGAAUUGGUUUUUUUUUUAAAUAAAAGGGUAAACAACAGCUGGCAGACUAAUCUUGAUUGCAUUACUUUUUCUUUCAUUGUCUUUUGCAUCAUUGGUGAUGAAACAGGUCUCUUUCAGAAACAUCAAACAAACCAAAACAUUGCUGUAGAAAUGUUCACACCUUGGAAGUCUGAAGAUAAUAGUCUUGUUGAAAUAAAAUUUGGUGAACUUAGUUUCACUACAGAACUGUUUAAAUAUUUGACUUUAACAAGAAUGCAGCCUUGUGUCUCCAAGGAAACUGAAAAAUCAGCAAUCGCAAUGAAAAUAUAGAAUUAUAGAAUUGAAAAGACUGAACAGCCUUACGUUUGGAAGUAAACUCCUGAAAUUUCAAAGAGCUUAAAAACUGACAAGACUAUAGCCUUGGACUUAAGUUAAAGAUUGCGGGAAAACUAAACUGCCAAGGGUGUAACACUAAAAUUGUGCUUCACUGGAAAUAUGGAAAUGAAAUUUCUGGUAAAUGUGGAAUUUGUUGGGUAAUAUGGAAAAACAACAGCAAAUGGCGCUUAAUUUUUCAGCAAGCACUAUAAUGUAUUUAGACAAGGAGGCGAGGAAAAAUAUAUUUCAAAGACUAUAGUCUUAUUGUCUUUAGUUUUAAGAGAAAACAGGAAAGCUCACAUCCAAAGAAAUAUGGGGGAAACAUAUUUACAAGAUGACAGUCUUGUCUGUAAAGAGAAAUGAAAUACUUCAAUUGCCAGAAAAUGAAAUAUUCCAAGGACAUCUGGAGAACAAAAACGUAAAAAAAAAAAUUAACAGAAUUGCCAAGAAAUUAAAAAUUUUGAUAACUCUUGAAUGUUAAUUUAGCAUAAGAAAAAAUAAAACAGCCUGAAUAUUUCUCAAAAAAAUAACAGAAAGUUGUGCGGCUCAUAUUCAGGCCUUGCCUGGCAAAAAAAUUCUGGGAAAAUGCAAUUGCCACAGAAAUAUUGAAAAUUAUAAUUUGAAAUUGCCAAAGUACAUGUAUACUAAAACUACAAUUUAAAGCACUCCCAAAACACCUUACCCAUGCAUUUUUCAAAGCCCCAAGUAAACAGAUAUGUAUCUAUCUUCAAGGCUAGAUUUAAAUCUGUCAACGCUUGACUUUCAGCGAAGGUGCACAACAUGCAGCUAGUGCACCCUUGAACCUGUCAAGAAUCAGAAAUAUUCUGGGUCAUUUUUUUUCAGAAACUGUUUUCGAAGACAGUUACUGUCAUGCUAACUCAAUAUCUGUGGUUAAACAAGUAGAAAUGAGGGCACAGUUGC